CCAACUUCCGUCGGGGCUUGAGUGAGGCCAGGCCCAGCGAGACAUUCCCGAAGGCGGUCCCGCCGAUGAGGAGGGAAGAGGGCGAGGCCGCGAGGCCGGAUGUGAGCGGAGCGGCCGCUUCCUGUUUCCUCACAGGCUCCGCUCGCCCGCCCCGCGCUUUGGGUGGUGGCCGUUGCUCCGGCGGCGCCGUGACCGUUUUCCCUCAGUCAACUUCCUUUCCUCCCACGGGAAAGAGCCGAGGCCCUUUGGGGAUUUCCUCCUCGCUCUCCUCCCCGCCACGACGCCUCGCGGGCUCCUCGGCGAGCAACAGGAACCGGCGGCGACGACGACGAAGAAGCAGCAGCAGCCGCCCCGAUGCAGGCCAUUAAGUGUGUGGUGGUGGGAGACGGUGCUGUAGGUAAAACAUGCCUACUCAUCAGUUAUACAACCAAUGCAUUUCCUGGAGAAUAUAUACCCACUGUCUUCGACAAUUAUUCUGCCAAUGUGAUGGUUGAUGGAAAGCCAGUCAAUCUGGGCUUGUGGGAUACAGCUGGACAAGAGGACUAUGACAGACUACGCCCGUUAUCUUACCCGCAGACAGUUGAAGGAACGAAUGGUAAGGAAUUAACUCCCAGGGUGAAACGUCAACCGUUCUGCGAUGUGUUCUUAAUUUGCUUUUCACUUGUGAGUCCUGCAUCCUUUGAAAAUGUCCGUGCAAAGUGGUAUCCAGAAGUGCGACACCAUUGCCCUAACACUCCCAUCAUCCUAGUGGGAACCAAACUUGACCUCCGAGAUGACAAAGACACCAUUGAAAAGCUGAAGGAGAAGAAACUGACUCCCAUCACCUACCCACAAGGCCUUGCCAUGGCAAAAGAGAUUGGUGCGGUAAAAUACCUAGAAUGCUCAGCACUUACACAGCGAGGCCUCAAGACAGUCUUUGACGAAGCUAUUCGAGCAGUUCUCUGCCCCCCUCCUGUAAAGAAGAGGAAGAGAAAAUGUCUGCUACUCUAAUGCAGCCCCCAGUCCCAGCCCCUUCCUCAGAACCUUCUGUGCUUUGCUUGGAACAAUGGAGCAUUCACAACAAUGCCAAGUUCUUCUGUUAAAAAAGAUUAGUUCUCUUACAUCAAAAUUUUUGAACCAAUCAUCACUAUCUCUUUCCCCUUUGUUUAAAAAGUUAGAUUUUGUUUGUCUUCUACUAAAGAUAUCCUUUUUUAAAAAAAAAGACAAACCUAUAUAAAGCCUUAUUUUCCCAAGUCCCUUUGCUCAGAUUAAUCGAGUGUUGCCAAAUUACCUGCUCAUCUAUGUUGUAUUGUUGUGCUUUGUAGAUGGAGCACGAAACCUGUUUGUUUUUUUUAAGACAAACAGGUGUCUUUAAAGAUACUAAUGUUUUAUUAGGAAUUGCAAAACUUUAUAGGUUUCCCUUCCGAUAUCCUAUUGGUAGGAAAAUGCUGCUGUUUAAUACACUCAUCCAACUGAUGGUCUUAGUAUCUUUCUUUCAUGCCUGAACUACCGCAAUAAUUGACAGCAUACAGAUUCCCUCUUUUUUAAAUUUAAAAAAAAAAAGUUUUCCUGUUUGUUAAGGACUGUGAUUUAAACUUUUCCUUGAAAUGUAUUGUCUUCCUUGAGAGCAGUAUAUUGCUUUGAUUGGUGAAAGAUGCCUGGAUUGGUCAAGGGAAACUGCCCAACAGUAUUUUGACACUGUAAAGAUCAAUUUACACUACAUUGUCCACAAGUUGGUUAAACUCAGUGGAUUUCUCUCUUGUCUAAUAAAACCAGUAAACUGAAACCCUCUGUUGCAACAAAGCAGUAACUGAAGGGGGAAGGUUGGUAUUUUUUUAUGGAUCACUUGUUUGCAUUUUCCAGUGCCGCAUUCAUUUUGCUACAAUUUUGAACUGGUCAUUCCCUCACAUGUUCUUGCUAGAUGCUUUAUUGUAGAAUCUUCUUCCUGAGCAAUAUAACUUGUAUUUUAAAACCUUUCUGAUAUAUUUGCAUUUUUUUUGUAGUUUAGAUAUAUUCAAGCAUAGCCUUGUUUCUGUUUUCCCCCUCUUCUCCUGUCAUAAUAGUAUACAUGCUUUUUUGAAAGGCUUCCUUUAGUCUUCAGGUGACUUGAUGUAAAAAUCAUGUUCAGCAGAUUUACCACUUCUAGUACUUUUUUUAUAUUUCACACCACCUUAAUCACCUUCCUUUAAUGUCACCAUUUGCCAGGUAACCUGAUGCUGUAAUUUUACUAAUGCUGACAUCGCCCUUUCGACCUCGCCUCCUGUUGAUUGAUCUAGUAAUGGCAGUUGGUAUGUGAGGUUCUGUAACCUAGUGCUAACCAUGUUCCAUACAUCCCAGAUGCUGGCAAGAACACAACAUUGAGCUACAACCUUUCAACUACUAGAACAAAAAAAAUAAAAAUAAAUGGAGUUUGCAAGAUUGUGAAGUUUUUACAUUGAUCUUUUUGGUAAUGCAAUUUAGCAGUAUGUUUUGCAUGUAUGACUUAAUAAAUUUCUUGAAUCAC